AUGAAACUGACGCCGGCCUACAUUGGCGGCAUUGCGGGCCAAGAUGUCCGAACGGUGGAGAAAUUGGAUCUCAGCAAGAAGGAGAUUAAGGAAAUGGAUGACAUCUCGUGCUGCGUAGAGCUCAAGCGCCUCGAUUUGAGCCAGAAUCAGCUGUCGAAGGUGUAUGGCAUCAACUUCUUGAAGGAAAUCACCUGGCUCAAUCUCUCUUCGAACAAGCUUACUAGCAUCGUUGGCCUCCAGAUGAUGACCAAGCUCAACGUCCUCAGUGCGAGCGAUAACCAGAUCGAGCGCAUCGAUGGUCUGUCGACUUUCACUCAGCUCAAAGCGCUCAUGCUCAACAAGAACAAGAUUUCUGAGAUGGAAGGCCUGGGCUGUCUUCGCGAGCUCAACACCCUGGUUCUGUCCGAUAACGCCAUCACCGAGGUGAAGGGCCUCAACACACUGAGCAAGCUGAAGAAGCUGGCGCUGUCGAACAACUACAUCCGAGUCGUUCCGUCGUUCGAGAAGAACUUCGAACUUCAGGUCAGGUCCACCCCUUUCGCAACCACCCCUUCUUGCAUCACGGCCAACCACUCACUACUGUACUGGGCCACCGGUGACGAUUUCGCACAAACACAGGAGCUGCGCUUGAAUGGAAACAAGAUCUUGAGCAUACCCGACACGAUCCACCUCAACCCGCACAUCAAGAUCCUGGACUUGGGCAAGAAUCUCAUCAAGGAGUGGAGCGAUGUCGAGAAGCUGGCCAAGCUGCCCAAGUUGAAGAGCUUGACCCUCGCCGGCAACCCCCUGGCCGAAGAAAGCGUCUACCGAGACAGCAUCUUGACCAUGCUGCCCAAUUUGAAGAUCCUUGACGGCAAGCAGAUCUCGACCGAGCUCGUGCGUAAGCGCAAGGCCUGGGCUGCGAGGUGGGCAGCCCAGCACGGCAAGAAGGAUGCCGGUGGGGGGAAGGGCGAAGAAGAAGCGCCGCACGCGGAGGACGGCGAACAGGCCAACGGAGCGGAGCGAGGCGCCAAGGCCAAGGGUAAGCGACUGGAGGCCCCGCCAGCGCCGAAGAAGGUAGGGGAAGCCCAGGAGAAGGCCGCACCACCGAAGGCGGCCGGGAAGCGAACGCGAGAGGAGAGCGAGAAGGAGGAGAGCCUCAAGGGGAGGACGCAGAAGAAGACCCGUACCGAGCCGCAAAACGAAAAGCCGGAGCCGGCGGCCCAGGCCAAGGCGGCCGUCAAGAUGGCGGAGCAAUCAAGCAAGAAGAGAAGCGCGCGUGAUGAAAAAGUCGACGCCAGCAAACCGACUCAGCCUCAGGCAAAGAAGGGCAGGAGCGAGACGGAAAAGAACAAGACGACGAACGACCCGAAGAAGCGAGAAGCGCCCACCGCUCGGGCGAAUGCCGCCAGCGCCGCCGCCACCACCACCACCAACAACAAGAAGAAGCCGGCCAACAAGUUUGACGAGCGAAGCCGGGAGAUGAGGGCGACGGCCGGCAAGAAGAGUGCGCCGAAGAGGGAACCGGAGAUGGAACCGGUCGAGGAAGAGAAGGGCGAGAUCGAGCGGAAGCUCGAAGAGCAUGUGCAGCUCGUCACCGGCAACAGCGGACUGCUCGAGGUCAUCAAGGCCUCCGAUACCCCGAAGAGCGGUGGUCAGCAGCAGCAGUCCACCAACAAGAAGGGCAAGGGCAAAGCAGCGGCCGCGGUCGACAAGACUGCCACUUCGGCCUCGGCCAAGAAGGUGCAGUCGGUACUCGACCUCAUGGGUCUCACGCAAGAGCCAGAGGUCGGCCUUGGCGUGGGCAACGCGUGGGCCUAG